AUGUCAGCAUACAGCCCCGGAAAAACGGGGAAAGGGGAAGGGGACGGGCUGCCACGUGUCCGGAUGCUGAGCUGUCUACAUGCUCUGUUUACGCAAUUGCAUGACCCGGAACAAGUGGAAGAACCGGAAGGAGAGAACGGGCGGGGCGGGGGGAGGUCGCAACUGGACAGCGCGGAAUUAGACGUGCUGGAGAAGGCAGUGCGCAUCCUGCACCUGCGCUACCGCUCCUGCCUGCGCCCGCUCACCAAGGGGCGCCUGCCCUCCGUCACUGAGUUGAAGGAGCUGAGAGUGAGCGCUGAGGCGCUGGGGGUGCGGUCUGCCUUGUUGUGCCUCGACAGAAUACCCAAGGGCGACCCCCGCCGUCUAGCUCUCUUUGCCUUCCGCACAUUCGCCCUGCGCGCCGAGCUGGACGCAGAGGCUCUACGGGACCUGGAUGAGCCUCCCCCAGGCAACGCCUGGCCUGUCUCCUCCUACCGAGUUGGCACCCCCAGGCUAAGAGCCCUCCUAGAAGACAUGGUAGAAGAGGUGGAGAGUCUGUGGAACGCCACUAAUAGGACCCUCUAUGAGGUUGCUAUCGUGCUCGCGCCGGUGUUGGCUCAGUAUGCGUUGCUGGGGAAGGCGGUGGGGAUGGCUAUGGAGCAGUAUUAUGCGCGGCUGACUGUGCGGAAGCACGGGCGGGUGGUCAUGGCGGUGGGGGAUGAGAUUAUACUUUGGGACGAUGGGUUGGAAGAUGUUAGGGAGCUGUUUUUGGCUGAAAAGGCAGCAGAUGAGCAGCCGUUAGGAUCGGCUGUUAGGAUCGACAGCAUGAAUGAUUACUCGUGGUUUGUCUCUUGGAAUGGGACUUCGGCAGUGGAUAAUAUCCCGAGUGAAGUUUCAGUGAAGAAACUGCUGCACUCGAUUGGGGCGCCGACGGCUAGGUUGGCGGGGUUGAGGGCGCGGGAUAAGGGGCUGCUGAUGGGAGUGACUGUACCGGAUGUGAGAAUAGAGGCGGAGAAACGGGUGCUGGCGCAGCUGCAAUGGGUGGUGGACGGUGGAGGGAAGCUGGAGAUUAAAGCCGCUCGGCUGCAGCACCAGGGGAUAAGCAUGGAUGAACCUGAACCGGCGCAUGAGAUUCCUUAUGAGGAUCUCGUAGAGGCAACCAAGAACUGGUCUGAGGAUCUGCAGCUGGGGGAGGGGGGCUCCGCGGUUGUGUAUAAGGGCGUGGGACCAGAUGGGGAGCUGUGGGCUGUGAAGCGCGGGAAGAAGGGGGGACUCACGCGGCUGCAGGACUACCACAGGGAGAUCGAGGCAGUUUCCAAGAUGCUUCACCCGAACCUGGUGCGCCUGAUGGGGUUCUGCCAUGAGAACGACGAGCAGGUGUUGGUCUAUGAGUAUGUGGCCAACGGGACCCUCAGACAACAUCUGUCCCCGUUACAAGGAGACACAGAGAAAGGUGUCCUCUCGUUUGAGCAGCGGAUAGAGGCGGCGGUGGGGGUGGCUGAGGCGCUGCUGUACCUGCACUCGUGCAAACCCGUGUUGGUGCAUCGAGACGUGAAGAGCCUCAACGUGUUCAUGGAUGACGAUUUGCAGCCGAAGCUCGGAGACUACGGCAACCUCAAGUCGAUAGGCGACGAUGAAACGGCCACCACACACACCCGCGUGGUGGGGACACCCGGGUAUCUGGACCCGCAGUACUGCCAGACGAGCUCGGUGUCUGUGUGGAGUGAUGUGUACAGUUUCGGAGUGGUCAUGCUAGAGCUCAUCACAGCCAAGCCGCCAGUGCUCAAGGAGGCAGACGACUCGGGGGAGAGAAUGGCGCUCGCCAAAUGGGCCACCCCUGCCAUAUGUGCCGGCAACCUAGACGCAGUAGUCGAUCCCAACCUCGCGCAGGCGUUCCCCCAGCAGCCCAUGCAGGCAUUCGCCAGCCUGGCAGCCAUGUGUGUGCAGCGGCAGCCCAAGGACAGACCCAGCAUGCAGGAGGUGGUUAGAAGGCUCAAGGUCAUUCGCCAGGCAGCAGCAGCAUCAGUCUCCUCCCCACCGCCCAUCAACACUCGCUCCAACCCAUCAGUGCAACGCAUCCUUCCCCCCAAGCCCGGCAGCAGGGGCUCCUGGCGAGACAACCAGCACCUCACUCCGCCCAUGUCGCCCCUCCUCCCCUCCACACCCGAACCCUCCUCCUACUCUCCCCGCGCCGCUGCCGCUGCCGGCGGCGGGGGUGCGGGGGGUUCUGUGCCGGCGGCACAGGCGGAGUCGAGCAGAGGACGCAUGUAUGGGCUGGGGCGGAAAGGCAAGAUGCAAAAGGAGAUGGCGGCACUGGCGAAGCUACAAAACACAAACCUAGCUGCCAUUCUUGGAUAUGCAGCAGAUAAGGAGGACAUGCAGAUUGCCUACGACCUGCCUCCCAACUGCACAUGCCUUGAGAACUACCUCUUCCCAGAGGACGCAGAGGGUGAAUUUCUGCCCCUGAGAGUGCGGCUCAAGGUGGCAGUGGGAAUCGCCAAGGGGCUGACCUUCCUGCACUCGAGUGCAGUGGUGCAUGGCAACCUUCUCUCAAGAAACAUCAUGUUGGAUAAGAACUUUACGGUACUUCUGACGGGCUAUGGCCUCGCAACUAUGCUGUCCAAGACGAGCACACGCAAGAAUCUCAAAGGCCCGGACGGCAUGGCAAAGGAUGCAUUCGACUACGGCGUUGUUUUAUUCGAGCUGCUGACGGGCCGCAGGGGGGCACUGGUGGCGGACAGGGAGGGUGCGGACGGGCUGAUCGCGUGGGCAGAGCCGCGCAUCGAGGAGUACGAGCUCAGCGCUGCUUGCGCCGAGCCCACCAAGCGCAUGGUGGUGCGCAUGUUGGAUGUGCUGGCGAAGGAAUGCGUUCAGGAGGACCCCAGAUGCCGACCCACAAUGAAAGAUUUGGUUGUGAGACUAUACAGCCUGCAGGAGUCCCUGGCGUCACAGUGA